AUGUCUGUCUGGAAGCGGCUGCAGCGAGUGGGGAAGUCAGCUUCUAAGUACCAGUUCACUGCUUCGUAUCAGGAAUUGGCUGUUGAGUGCUCUAAGAAAUGGCAACCAAACAAGUUAUGUGUUGUGUGGACCAGGAGGAAUCGCAGACGAGCAACUCAGCCCUAUACAUGGGAACCGACAAUAAAGAACCCAUACCUGGGAUUGGUCACCUGGUCAGUGCCUGAUAAUAUUGAGAUAACGGUCACACUCUUCCGGGAUUCUCGGCAACAUGAUUAUGAGGACAAGGAGUGGACAUUUACAGUGGAGGAUUGGUCAAAAGGCAGGGGCAAAGUGCUGGCCUCAAAAGCUAUAAACAUGAAGGACUAUGCCAGUCAGGUACCAACCCAGACAACACUCAAGUUGAAAAUGAAGCCAGUGAGCAAGAAGAUUAUCUCAGCAACUUUGGAAGUCACUAUAUCCUGUGUUUUCAUUCGAGAAGGAAAAGCCACAGAUGAAGAUAUGCAGAGUGUGGCCAGUUUAAUGAGUAUGGGGAAAACGGAUAUAGGUAACCUAGAAGAUCUGGAGGAGCAGGUUGAAAAUGAUUCCCAAGCAGAUGUCAGUCUAUCCACUCGCAGUCAGAUCAGCGACAUCACUGCACAGAUGAGUCAGCUCGAUGCCCAUUUUGGUAAUCAAUAUGAGGACGAAGAUGCGGAGCAUGAUUUCACAAAUCCUUUUGGUAUUGAUCAGUCAAAGAUUUCUGUAGAAAGUUCAAACCCAUUUGGAGGUGAGGAAGACGAAGCAAAUGAUGAUAUUGGGGCUGCAUUUGAAACCUACCAGAAAACCACAGCAAAAGCUUCAACGCCUGUUGCAAGCAGUCCUUUUGAAAAUGGUGGAGAUAAAAAGCCUUUUGAGAAUUCAGACAAGAAGCCUUCAUCCCCUGCAAGAACAUCACCAAAGAAAGAUAAGUUAGCAAAUAAACCUGAACCUAUAUCCAGUACUAGAGAGAGGGAAGCCCAGCAUAUGAGUAAGUCAGCAACUCUGCCAGCCAACUUAUCCAACAGUGGCGGCGCCAGUCCUGCAGCGGACAACAGGAGUAAAAGACUGACCUUGAACAUUCAUCAGUCCAGAUCGUCAACAGAGCGACCCAUUUAUGAAGGAACGCCGCCAGUGACCCCAGAAUAUGAGAAGAAAGUUAUCAUCAGACCAAUAACUCCACCUAUUGAAGGCACUGCUAACAA